AAAUAAAGGAAUUAAACCAGAAAUCCGUACUUCACAUUUAAAAGAUGGAAGUUUCAAGUCUGGUUUUAUGGGCACUCUGCGUCGGCAUUUGCCAUGCAUAUGCCAUGCAUGAUGACUAUUUGGGAGACCUGCCGUUGGAAAACCCGGAUCUCAUAGAAGGAGAUAUUCUUCCAGUAGAGGGAUCAAAUGAUAGAAAUGCUAUUGUUAAUACACGACAACUAUGGCCAGGAGGAGUAGUGCCGUACGUACACGAACCAGGCGUGAUUUCCUACCAAACAGUUCAUAAGGUUACUUGGCAGCAUGCGGUAGAUACAUUUGCUAAGAACACUUGCAUUCGCUUUGUGCCAAGAACGAAUGAGAAAGAUUACGUCAGAAUUUUCCUCGGACAAGGGUGUUAUUCUCAUGUUGGUAAAACGGGAGGUGCACAGCCACUUUCUCUUGGCAGGGGAUGUCAUUUUAUGGCCACGGUCUCACAUGAGCUCAUCCAUGCACUCGGAUUCUAUCAUGAACAGAACAGAUCUGACCGAGAUGAUUACAUUGAUAUUCACUGGGAAAACAUCAAAGAAGGAAUGGAAGACCAGUUCAUGAAAUUGAAGCCUCAUCAGAAUCAACUGCUGACACACUUUGAUUAUGAUUCUAUUAUGCUGUAUGGGUCUUAUACCUUUUCUAAAGAUCGUAAGAAUAAACUCAUGACCAUGACGGGUAAAGGCAACAAGUACCUACAAGAAGUGAUCCACAAGUACUACGUUAGCAAGAGUGAUUUCUUGAGGAUAAAUAUGUUAUAUAACUGCACAGAACAUUUAAAGAAAAUGUUGUAAAAUUAUUGCUUGAAUUUUAAUUUGCGUGUUGUGUUCGGUUUUCAAAAUUAAAUUCUAAUAGUAAUAAAGUC